GUUGUAGCGAAGUGUUGUCCACUGUACUGUUGUCCGGAAGAUUCUCGCCUUGCCCACCUCGGCUGUCUAUUGUGUAUGUGUAAGACCGCGGGCCGCAACCCUAAUCCUCCUUUUUGUACUCUGUCUCGACAGAUUGUAACUUCUUUCCAACAAGUGCUUCGACCUCCUCCUUCUCAGUUUCUCUCUCGUGCCGCGCCAAUCUCUUCGAUUGUUGUGGUGAAUUUUGCAACAUGGCAGACAUCGAACCUGAGGUCGGGACUGUGCAGCCCAAGAAGAGAACAUUCAAGAAGUUCACCUUCAGGGGUGUAGAUCUCGAUGCACUCCUGGACAUGAGCUCUGACGAGCUCGUGGAGCUCUUCCACGCUCGUGCACGCAGAAGGUUCCAGAGGGGUCUGAAGAGGAAGCCCAUGGCCCUCAUCAAGAAGCUCCGCAAGGCUAAACGUGAAGCUCCAGCUGGCGAGAAGCCCGAGCCCGUGAGGACUCACCUUCGUAACAUGAUCAUUGUGCCUGAGAUGAUCGGCAGCGUCAUCGGUGUGUACAACGGAAAGACCUUCAACCAGGUCGAGAUUAAGCCUGAGAUGAUUGGACACUACUUGGGCGAGUUCUCUAUCUCAUACAAACCAGUGAAGCACGGUAGACCCGGUAUCGGAGCUACCCACUCUUCCAGGUUUAUCCCACUGAAGUAGAGAUUUUUCGGCCUUUCUGUCACGAAACUGAUGUAUGGCCUCUUCAUAGUAAGCAAGAUUUGCCGAUCUGAAAAGGUUUCAGCACUAUAUUGCGCUCAGCUUCAGCCAUAGGGCAAAUUAUGAUUUACCUGCCUGACGUGAUCGUGUGCAUGAGUUGUUGCCUAUGUAACGGCGUUCAAUCUGAGCAGUAGAGCAUUACUCUCUCGUCUGUCAAAAUUUUUGUACUAUUUCGCUGCCAUGCUGGCGUCUCAACAUUUUAUAUGCACUCCUAGUUACAGUC